AUGGCCGAGCUGACCCACAAGCAGCACAAGCAGGCUUGCAAGGCUGUGGCGUCAGGCGACCUCACAGUGUGCCGCAAGAAGCUCGACAAGGCAACGGUGAGCGUGGUGAGACACCCCAAGAUGGGUGGGACGCUGCUGCAUGUGGCCACCUCGCUUGGCUUGCCGGCUUACACCCAGGAACUGGCCGACGAGUUUGCUCUCCAGGGCCUGGUCAACACCACCGACGCCAACGGCAACACCCCGCUGCACAUUGCUGGCAUGUUGCAGAACGAGGACCUCAUCCGCUUGCUCAUCGGCUACGGCGGCGAUGCCUCCAUCCGCAACGAUGCCGGUAAGACGCCGCUGGCCCUGGUGGCCGGCCAUCCGGCGUGUAAGGACGCUAUGGAAGAGGGCGUGCCGUCGGCCGGUGAUUCUUCGUCGGGCGAGUAUUCGGCGGCAGACGGCGCGACGUCGACGUCGAAGCGGACAACGACGACGACGACGACGACAAAAAUGACGACGACGGUCACCGAAACCAGCACCAGCCAGGCUGCAAACUGCUACGCGGUGGUGGAAGAGGUGCUCUCCGGUCCGGACGCUGGAGCCAGCUUCCCGGUGGUGUGGAAGCUCCGCGAGGACGGGUUUGAGCGGCGCGACGGCGCCGUCCACCGCUACACCGACCUCCUGGAGUUCCGGAUCAAGAUCGACGGCGAGAAGCAGGUCAUCGGCGUCCGCCCCGAGUCCAUGCAUGACGAGCAUGUCGACAAGGUCUCGGCUAUGUUGCAGACCAUGGCCGAGUCGGUCGAGCGCCAGAAGGCCGAGGAAAAGGCCGCCGGCAAGAAAAAGGGCAAGAAGAAGGACAAGAAGAAGGACAAGAAGAAGUCCACCGAGGUGUCGGCGCUUGAUGCUUCCGCAGCCGAAGAUGCGUUCGCCGCCGAGCUGGCCGCUAUCGAGGCCGCUGAAGCCGCUGCCGCUGCUGCCGCCGCGCUCGAAGACGAGGCAGCUGCUGAGCGUGAGGCCAAGGAGAAGGCACAGCGCGAGGCCGAGGAAAAGGCGCAGCGCGAAGCCGAGGAGAAGGCGAAGCGUGAGGCCGAGGAGAAGGCGCAGCGCGAAGCCGAGGAGAAGGCGAAGCGUGAGGCCGAGGAGAAGGCGCAGCGCGAGGCCGAGGAGAAGGCGCAGCGUGAGGCCGAGGAGAAGGCGCAGCGCGAGGCCGAGGAGAAGGCGCAGCGCGAGGCCAAGGAGCACGAGGCAGCCAAAAAGGCUGUUCGCGAGGCGGCCAGGCGUGCCGAGGAAGAGGCAGCCGCCGCCGAGGCUGCGGCGGAAGCUGAGCUGCAGGCUGCAGAGGCUGCUGAGCGUGCGGCAGCGGCAGCGACAGCGGCAGCGGCUUCAUCGUCGUCUGCAACGUCGUCUGCGGCGUCGUCGCCGGCAGCGUCACCGCGCGGGACAAAGUCAACGGUGGUGCGACGGACAACGACGACGACGACAACAACGCAGUCGUCGAUCUCUGUCACCCACUCACACUUUCAAGCCGCCUCGUCGUCUGCGCUCAACGCGACGGAUCCAUCUGCGCUGACGGCAUCACUGGAUCUAAUGUUUCUGCUCAUUUCGCAGUCUGAGGAAUCCGAAGCCGCAUUUGCCGAGUACAACUCGCACGUCUCUGUAGUCCCACGGAUUGUGGAGCUCGCCAACUCGUUUGGUGCUCGCUCACCGGAGCUGACUGAGCGACUUGAGCGGCUGCAGGCGCUGGUGGGUGUCGAACUGCCGUCGGUGGAGGCGAUUGCUGGCGAGGCCGGGCUCGAGCUGGAGGGCAGCAUCCCGCUGGCGAUGGCGGCGCACAUGUGUGGCGAAGCCGGACGGCAUGCACAGUUUAUGGGCUCUGCAACACUCCUGGGCACGGCGACGUAUCGACUGAGCUCGACCGACGCAGCGCUGGUGGCCAAGGUAGUCGACUUGCUGCCCAACGCACACUCAACGGCGCUGCUGGCGAUGGGCGCGACGCGGGCGUCGUUCGACUCGGUCAUGGUCGAGCUCUUUUCCGGGGCGGCUGCGCUCAGCGCGGCGUCGCGGACGCUUGUGGCGCCGCUGGCGGUCCACGUGGUGGACAAGGCGCCCGACAACGGGUCGCUCUCGGUUGUCCUCGUCUACCCCGAGGCGCACACGACGCUCGGGCGCGAGCUGCGGCGGCAGGCGCCGACGGCACCGGCACCGCUGGCGGCCGUCACCCACGUCCUUGCCGACGCCGCCGCUGGUCUGGCCGCCCUCCACGCGGCAGGCUUUGUCCACGGUGCCGUCCAUGCGCACAACGUCAUGGUCGCCGAUGGUGAGUUCUCUGGCGGCGCCAUGCGUGAGUGGCUCGGUGACGCCACGGUCGUCGAGCUCAUUCCCACGCUCAAGCGCGUUGUCGUACCGACUCCGGCUGCUCGCAACCGUAUGGGCCCCGUCGUCGACGUCGAGGCCUUCAAGGCCAUGGUCGACACCGUCCUCGACGCCUGGUACCGGUCGGCUGAAGAUAAGACAGUCGCCAUCCGCAAGGUCGUCUCGGAAGCUUCGGACGCCGCCACCAUCGCCAACGGCCUCUCGUCUCUUGCCACCACUUGGGUCUAGCGUCCACUUGCACGACUUCUUCUUCUUUUCCAAACUCUGCCCUUUGCCCACA